AAAACGCGUUACACUACAGUUCUAGAUAGUAGUGAUGUGCUGCCAAAUAGGGACAUCGGGGAUUGUUGAUUUUUGAGUCACUUUGUGAAAGUCAAACUUUCAAAGAUUGUUUAUUUACAUUCGUUGACAAUUGCCAGAUCGUGAAGGAUAAGAUUUUAAAAAUGGAAUUACCAGAGUAUUCACCAACAUAGUUUCUUGGAAUUAAAUUUUUAUUUGAUAUGCGUUUUGGAAUUAUUUGUGAAGUUCAUAUUGCAUGUAAUAACUGUAAAUAAUGGCAUAUUUGGGUGGAGCUGAUCGAGUUGAUGGCUCAUGGGAGCUGAAUAUUCUCGUCACAGAUCUUCAGGUUGAGAGGACUCUGCGCGUCAAUGGAGAUUUACACAUUGGUGGUGUUAUGGUUAAACUGGUUGAUGCGCUAGAUAUUGCAAUGGAUUGGUCAGACCAUGCUCUGUGGUGGCCAGAGAAAAACAGAUGGCUUAAAAGGUCAAGGUCAACCUUAGAUCAGUAUGGUGUUCAAGCAGAUGCAAAACUUCACUUUACUCCAAUGCAUAAAAACCUACGUGUUCAGUUACCGGACUUACAAAUUCUCGAUAUGAGACCAGAUUUUAGUUCGGAGGUGUUUCAUUCGGUACAGUUUCUCUGUAAAGAAUUAGGAAUAAGACACCCAGAAGAAAUGUCAUUGAUGAAAAAGUUUGAUAAAGAGGACUUGAAAAAGAAUAUAAAAGAAACUUUAAAUCAGAAAGAUAAGAAGAAGAAAAAAGAUUCAAAAUUGGAUGACAGUUUAAAUGUGAAUGGAAAUGGAACUUUACAUCAUAAUUCACAAAACAGUUUGGAUAGAUUAAGUCCGUAUAACAGGAGUCCAAUGGGACCGUCCCCUUCAAUCUCUCUUGGACAAUUCUAUGAAUAUAAUACAUUACAACACAUGCCUGGUACCCCAGGGACGCCAGGCAGCCCCUACAACACCCUGUCCCCUAAUGGCAACCUCAGCAUGUUGAAUGGGACCAUGUCACCCGGGUCCAUGUACAGUUUGUCAUUCGAGAGUGCCAUGGAGUCAGCCCUCGCAAAUAGUCCGCCAGUAACAACAAAAGAAGCUUUCCAGUACUUGAAUAGACCUAAAAACCUCCUCGAGAAGGCCAGAGUAAAUUAUGCAUGGUUGGAUUCCUCACGGUCUCUCAUGGAACAAGGUGUUCGGGACAAUGACUUUACCUUGCUGAAAUUCAAAUUCUACAAUUUUUACGACCUCAACCCCAAGUAUGAUGCUGUAAGAAUAAACCAGAUCUAUGAGCAGGCAAAAUGGGCGAUUAUUUCCGAGGAACUGGACUGCACGGAGGAGGAAGCAAUGAUGUUCGGUGCCCUGCAGGUCCAGGUGCAGCUGCAGUCAGGAUCUAGCUCCGGAAAUGACACUGUGGAUGCCUCGAUGACACAGGAGGGAGGUGACGAUAUUGAUGCUGCACUGUCCGACUUACAGGAGUCACUAGAGGGCAGUAAUCUGUCAUCACCAGGGGACAUAACUCAUAUUCCAGAACUAGCAGAUUAUGUCAAAUUUUUAAAACCAAAGAAGUUUACUCUGAAGAGCUACAAACGUUACUGGUGCUCAUUUCGGGACACACAUGUAGCUUUCUACAGAACGAAAGAAGAUUCUACUGGUGCUCCUAUAAAUAGAAUAAACUUUAAAGGAUGUGAGGCCCAUCCAGAUGUUAAUCUCCACCACAAAAAGUACGGUAUCAAAUUAUACAUACCUGGGCCUGAUGGCAUGGAAGAAAUUUGGUUGAGGUUCGAAUCUGAAGAGCAAUAUUGUAAAUGGAUGGCUGCAUGCAAAUUGGCAUCUAAAGGGAAAACAAUGGCAGACAGUUCCUACGAGACUGAGGUUCAAUCCUUAAUGAAACUCUUGAGUAUGCAGAAGACGACCUCAGCACCAGAUAACAAGAUUAUCACACCAAACCAACUUGAUAUUAACCCAGAAGAUUUUGUGUCACCAAGACAUUACAAGAAAGUCAAAGCUAAACAGACUGUUCAUCGUAUAAUGGAAGCUCACUCAAAUGUGCGAGACAUGGGCCUUGUAGAAGCUAAAUUGGCUUACAUACGGGCCUGGCAGGCCCUGCCUGAGUUUGGAAUAUCGUAUUUCGUAAUCAAGAUGCUAAAUGGGAAAAAGGAGGAAAUCUUGGGAAUACAUCCAAACAAAGUGAUUCGAAUGGACAUGAACUCUGGAGACUCUUUAAAAACCUGGAGAUACGAUAGUUUGAGAUCAUGGCACGUAAACUGGGAAGUGAGGAACGUAAUUCUUGACUUUGAAGAAGGGAAGGUGGUUUUCUCCUCCCUCAGUGCUGACUGCAAAGUUGUUCAUGAAUUUAUUGGGGGUUAUAUCUUCCUCUCGAUGAGAUCACAAGAUAAAAGUCAGACACUCGAUGUCGAACUCUUCCAUAAAUUGACCGGUGGCCGAUCGUGAAGAUUGUUUUAGUGAGUGAACCAGGGGGAAAAAUGUUUUCACAAGAUUUUAAGCAUUUAUAGUGCCUAUGAAAGUGUCUGUGUUUAAGCUUAAGCAUAAAAGCGCUAACUCAAGUGAAAUUUUAUGAAAGAUACGCCAUUAUGUGAUACUAAAUUGCAUUUAACCAGAGUCAUAAUUGCAGCAGGAAGAAGUUUAUAGAAAGGGAAUGGUUUAUGAAAGCAGGGUUAAAAAAAUUGUUAAAUGAAAUACCGGUAGUCACAUUUAUUUCCUUGAACAUGUAUUUUAAAGCAAUAAGAUUUAAAUACCUCAUUCGUAUCUGAAUCAAGGUAAACUUUACUGGUGCACACCCCUAGAGACAACUAAUGGAAGAUUCCAUCAUUGAAGAAUGGACAGCCCAUUUUUGAGAAAAAAAAGGGAAGUCAAGAUGCACAGGGAGUAGAGAAUCAGAGGGAUUUUCUUUCAGCAUGGUAACAGAACCAGGUCAGAAUGUUCAGCUGCACAAAUGCAAAAGGAAUCUGCAGCAAAAUUGCUGUUUUAUUAUUUAAGUAUAAAUUGUAUAUGUUGUUGCUAGCCAAUGGUUAUUACGCUUCUAGACUUGUUAAAGCAACUAUAAAAAUGUGUAGAUAUGUAUAGAAAGUUGUAUAGUAAUUGUUUCACUGAGCAUGGAAUUUAUGACGACGCAGUGGCUGGAAUGUUUUUAAUGAAUUGCGCAAUCAUUUCAUGUAAUUUUUUAUUAUUGUGCAAUUUUUUUAUUGCUGCUGUACAUGAAUGCUUAAUACCAUACUGAUGAAAUAUUCUUAUUUUACACUUGAUCACCAAAUAAUUACAUUGUGCGCUAGUGAGAACAGUGCUACAUUUCCGCGCAACUUUUUUGUCCUCUCUCGCACAUCUCUUGAUCUAUAAUACAUUUUGAUUACUGUCAUACAGUUGGAAGCAGGCUUUCUAAAAAUUACUUUUAACAAUUUUAAGAAAGUUGUGACAAUGCAUGGAAAUUUUUUUUAUACUAUCAGUUUUUGAAAUGAUUCUGAGCGAAUUUUAGAUUAAAUAUUUAUUGUUUGCCAAAACUGUCUUGGUCAGCUGUACCAACUAGAACAGUAUUUACUGAAACCUCUCUUGCCUGGUAGUGAUGUAAAGGUGAACUUUUAGAAAGUAACACUAUAGUUAAGAAAUGGACAUAAACUUAAGACAGCAAAGUCGUUUCAUUGCUUUCUAUUACAUUGAGAGAUUAGAUGAAUUAAUUACACAAUUGAAAAUAUUAUAUAUCAGGCUUCUACUUUAUUAUGUCUUUAUUUUUCUUUAUUCUGUCAUGUAUUUAACAGGGCUGGUAUGGAGUUUCUUAUUUUAGAUUCUUUCACGGUACAUAAGCAUAAAAUGAUGGGCUUGUAGUCCGCAUGUCGAUGCUAGAAACUUUAGUCAGUAAUAGAUCUUUGAAAAUUCUUGCAUAGUCUUUUAAACUUGACAGGGGUGUAGCUAGGGCAUAAAUGACAGUAUUCUAAUAAUUCACAUACAAGCUGCAAGUCUAACAGGUAGUUUACCUUACACAUUCUGCACAAUUUGUGUUUUGCAAUUGUUGGCAAUUAGUAUAAUUCGUAUGUGAUUACAGUCUGUAUAUGUAGAUGAAGCAAGCAAGAUAAUUAACAAGUUUUUGCACUUGCUGAAAAACAGACUCAGCCUCAUACACUAUUUCAUUGCUAUUAAAAUAGAUAUUGGAGUCAAUGAAAAGUUACAGUAAAAUCACUGCAUUGUUUUUUGUUGUUUUUUUUCCUCAUAUAUAUUGUUGUCAUUUAACUGCUUUUGACUUCAUAAUUGUAAAAAAAGAAAAGAAAAUGAUCUUUUAGUUACAGAAGCUCCCUUGCCCCUGCAGAUGUGCAAGGAAGUUUUCUUUAAUAUCCAUACUAUACCAUAUUUCUUGUCAGUAAGACGUAUUACCUUGCAAGGAUAUAGCUAUAGGUCAAGACAGUUAAGAUCAUUUAACACAGAUCAAAGGAUUCUUACCUACUGAGAGGGAGUUACAUUAUUUAUAACAUUUAUACCAAGGGAGAUAAUUGUAUUUUGCCAUAUUUUUUUUUUCAAUCUUUAUUUUUAAUUUCUGUUUUAUUAUAAAGAGGAAUUUAACUGCUGAUGUUUUUGUUAUAACAAAUAAAAUGUAUGAUUAUUUACUCUUGUUAUAUUUAUUACUGGAAUAUAAAGUGCCUGUAUAUGUUUAGAUCGUGCCUUGUUUUCAGUAUGUUUACAUGCUAAUUUUACAUAUUUUCUGUUGUAAGCCCCACUUUGUUUCUGACAGUUCAGUAAUUGAUAUUGUAUUUUUACCCUUUUUCCAGCUUUACAUAUUUUGACUAAGUUUCUAUCACCUUAACAUAAGAUUGUUAAGAUAUAGCCUAACUGUCACGGUGAUGACUUAAAGUUGUAAAAAAAUGAUGUUGGACACUUGAAAGCAACUCUCCAUAGUGCAAAAAGGGGCCAACUAAGCAGUUAGCUUCCUUUUCCACUGAAAUGAUGAGCUAUUCAUUUUUUCCAAGCUAAUCAUCAUUUGUUUAUGUAAUUUUGUUCCAUAAAUAAUUUAUUGUAGAAUCUCCAAAUUCAAAUGAGACUUCAUAUUAAUACCUUCUAUAAAACUGACAUUUUGAUUAAACAGUUAGUUAUUUCCUAACUGUAGACUUUAGUCCUUCUUAAGCUGUCUACAAUGUUCAGUACGGGGCUAUAUAAAGCUAUGUUACAGUUUGAAUUUAUAUCAAGUCCUCCUUUUUCUUUUAAUCGAAGUAGUGAAUUUCAAUGAAUCAAUCCAAAUAAAUGCGUAAAUAUAUAUGUAACUUGGACAGCCACCUAUACUUUUGUUUUCGCACUUACACAAAAAACACAUUCUGUCUGUUCUUGUCAUAAACACAGAAAAAACUUUCCAUUCAAUAACUGUAUCUUCCAAUAAACUAUGUAUGCUUCCUGUAUGGUAAUGUUGUUGUUUUUGCCCUGCCGACAUCCUAUCACCCAUAUAGUGUAUUUAUAGAUCUCAUACUGUUAUCAUGUAACUAUUACUAUUGCAAAAUAAACUACAAAUACUGCA